AUGAGUGUAUCUUCAGGAGAUAAUCUCGCUGGCAAAGAGGGGGAGUCCGUUACACAGAAUGGUGGGGGUGAAGUCUUUUCUAUUCCAAAUGAUGCUCUCGUUGAGCUUGACUCGAAGAGUGAUGUCAUCCGCGGGGAACUCGUACAGGUGAUCGUAGCAUGGCUUAUAGAUCAGGGACUGACAUCUUCAGCCCAGCUGCUGCGUGAUGAGGCAGCCACCCUGUUUCGCCAGGAGCACAAUGAACGAAAGACUCUUCGUGCUAUUUCCCGUGCUAUUCAUCAAGGUAAUUGGGAUGCAGCACAGACACAACUAAAAAAGUUAGAGUCUAUCGUUAAACCAAGUACAAGAGGAAACAAUGAAACACUCUCUAAAGUUGCAUUAUUACUUCAAUCAUUACCAUAUUUGCUUGUCCAACAACAAUUUCUAGAAUAUGUUGACGAAGAUGAUGGACAACGUGCUCAUGUUUUUUUCUUAAGAAGAAUUAAACCACUUGAAGGAACUAUAAAUAGGGAACAUUUUCAGCAGCUUAUUUAUAUGCUUACCUGCCAUAAUGUUUCAGAAGCGGGAGGAACAUUUCCAAUUUGGCGUGGUUGGACUCCUAUGAAAGGACGCUCCCAAAUUCAGUCUCUCAUAAACAGUGUCAUUGGUUAUAGUGAUCGAAGUCCAUACUGCCGACAGUAUGAAUUCAAUUUUGAUGGUGUUUCUAAUGCUGUUUUUAAAGAUCUUGAACAAAUAUUGGUUAAUUCACUUUCAUUUGAACUUGUAAAAUCACUAUAUCCAUCAUUUUUAGCUGGACGUACAAAAGAGACAGUAUUUUCUAUUUUUAGACCAUUGGGCGAACAAGUUAUCCCAUCAAAUCUCAUUGCAUCAGUCGACGUGAACAAGUUACGUGGAGAUAUUUCACUUGAGAAUGGGAGAGGUGUACGACUGACAGCAUGUCAUCCAUUUUUUCAGGUUCCAGCCAUAGCUGUUGGUACUUAUACAGGAUCUAUUGUAUGGAUUCCAUUAGAGAAUAAGGAAGGAGAGACAGCUAUUACUUCCCAUGGUACAUGUUGUAGACUUUAUCAAUAUUCUGCACCAGUGCGAGGUAUGACAAGUCAUGACCGUCAGAUACUUCUCUCAUGGAGUGGAUGUCAAGCCGUUGUUCUUAAUCUAGCAAGGUUUAUGGAUAAGAUGUUAGUUUUACCACCUUCUUCAGAGUACUUAACCGAAUGUGUGGCCAACACUUUUACACAUACUGCAGACGUUUAUUCUUCUUGUCUUUUUCCUUGUGGUUAUAUUCUCGCAACUGGACUUUCGGAUGGUGUCGUGACGGUAUGGGAUCUCUUGACAGGAGAAAAAAUGUUCCAGUUGAGUUUUAGCUCUUCACCUAUUGAAUCACUAACAGCGAAUCAGUCUGGCACUUGUUAUUUUGCAGCAUCAAAAGAAGGACUUAUUCGCGUUGUUGAUGUCACUACAGGUGUGCUCCUUUUUACCUUUGCUUCACCGGUAGCCAGCGAGGUAUCGUCAAUAGCACUUUCACCCUCAGCAUCUUUGUUACUUGUUUCGUAUAGCUGCGGAAUAAUUCGACUUUGGGACGUCUUAACAGGAGAUGUACUUCCUAAACGUUUUGAAGGUAUUGAAGGUAGUACACGUAGAUGCGCUAGGGUGUCGUUUGGUUGUGUUGAUACACAUAUCAUCAGUGGACAUGAUGAUGGUUCCUUGUAUAUUUGGGAUUCUGGAAGUGUGCGCUCAGAUCAACACUUACUCUCUGUGAAUCAGGCAAUCACAAGCAAAUAUCAUGAAGACUCCCAAAAAACUUUACCAGGAAUAUACUCUUCUACCACUCCUGAGCGAUAUCAUUGGUCAGUAGGGGAAGCCAUUCUACCUUCAAAACGUCUCAGGUUGCAUAAAUCUUCUAUCACUGAUGUCAAAUUUCAGCACAACUACGUUGUGACAUGUGGUGAUGACGGCAUUUUGUGUAUUUGCAGCAGCACAUCGAGACGUUCAUCAUAG